AUGCCAUUCUACAUUAUUGUUUCUACUAUUACAUUUAUAACCAUACAUAUAUACAUAAAGAUAUUCACUAUCAAGAAAACAAUAUCAAUCGCUAUCGUUAUUGCUGGUGGAAUAUUUGCAUGGAGUUCAACAACAGUUACAGAUAUUUUAAACAGUACAUUAGUGUCUUAUAUUAAAACAACAUUUUCGGGUAAAAUGUCCGUGGAUGCGACUACAUUAGUGAAUAAUAUUAUUAGCAUUGUUCAACCGAUUGGCUUGGUUAUCUUCAUCAUCGGGAUGAUACUGAUGGCAAUCUGUUGGUUGGGUAUAUUUGGUGUGUGUUGUAGAUCAAAAGUUUGUCUUGGAUUAUAUCUUGCCGUUGUGGUAGCAAUUACUAUAGCUGUGGUUGCAUUAAUUAUUGUAUACAAAGUAAAACCUACAUUGGUCACCUCGGUGCUAGAUUCAACAGUUGAUUCAUGGGCUACCAGUUAUGUUUCAAUUGUUUCAGGAAAUACUAACAGUGUUUUAUUUGCAUCAUUGAUGAUGCUUCUAAAAUGUUGUGGAUCCACUAGUGUAACCGACAUUACCUCAUCCAGCAACUUCGCAACAUCCGAUACAUAUUCAUCACAAUCAUACACAUCUAUGGUGCGACCAAUUCCAUGUUGUAAAGUUGAUUCGAAUCUUGCCUUGACUGAUUCAACUUGUCCAACAACAUCGGGUUCUACCCAACAAAAUGACGCAACUGGUUGUAAAACGGUUAUCCAGUCGUACAUUACUACUUCAUCUGACGUUAUAAUGUAUGUUUCUUUCGGUGUCUUAGCCUUCUUGGUAA